UGGUGACGGAGAAACGUUCAGAGGCAGGAAGCGACGGUUUAACGGAGAGUUUAACGGACUUUACACCGACAGACGGAGUUUAACUCAGACACCGGAGACCGCUCAGCAGAACACCCCGAACCCCCGUUCCGGUCCCGGUGAUCCGGACCCGUUAGCAGUCGGCUAAUUACCGUUAGCAUGUGUGAGAGCAGAGAGGUACCGAGCGGGAAGGUGUACCGGCAGCUGUUUGACGCUCAGGCUCAGCUGUCCAGGUCUCUGCUCGCUGGACAGACAGACUGUCAGUCUGCUGAGGACAACAACACACACUGCAGCACCAGCAGGUUGUUGUGUUCAUCGUCCAGCAGGGAGCAGCAGCAGGUGGAUGAUGAUGAUGAUGACAUUGAUGAUGUCAUCAGACUUCCUGACACCGUGGUGGUCGAUCGUCUGAGCUCUGACAUCAUCGAACGCCUGACGAUGAAAAAACUAGAAAAACAUAAAGAAGCUAUGAAACGGUUCGAUACUGAACUGAUGCAACUGACCCAGGUGUGUGAGACUCAGGUGAGGACCAUCAGUCAGGAGCUGCUGUCCUUCCUGCAGGAGGUGGACCUCAAAUUGGACACCUUGAGGGACAGAAUGGAACAGAUGGAACACCUGGAUCUGCAGGAGGUGUGUGGUCUCUGGGAGCAGGUGGAGAAGGAGGUGAAGCUGAAGAAGACCAGAAUCAUGGAGCUGACCCACAGACUGACUGAAUCUGAGGCUCAGAGAACAGAUGAGAUCAGAGCUGUGCUCAAGAAAUACUGCUACCUGCUGGAGAAGAUCAGCUUCCUGCUUCCACCUGACGUCCACAGACUGAUCCACACUGAGGCCACAAUGCUGAAUCAGUCUCUGCUGGCGAACCGUCGCAGCGCAGCUCGCCUGCUGCUGCUCCUCCAGGAGGAGAACCUGCAGCAGGAGUCGCUCCUCCGUCUGCACUGGGAGGACUGUCUGAGCCGCUGGAGGAGGAGCAGGGUCAACAAGGUCAUAGACCGCUUCAGGAGUCUCUGCAGCAGGGAUGAGGAUCAGCAGCUGAUCUCAGUUCAGCAGAUGAAACAAACUCAGCGAGAUCUGACAGAACAACGUCAGGACCUCAUCAACAGGAUCAGCUCUCUGGUCCCGCCCACCUGCUCCACUGCUCUGGUCUCUGAUUGGUUCAACCAGCUGUCUGCUGUCAAUCAACAGAUCGACAGUGUUCACGCUGACUCCCUCCAUCAGCUGCGGUGUUGUUAUGAACAGGUGUGGCAGAAUGGACUGUCUGAGGUGGAGCUCUGUAAGGAGGCGCUCUCAGCUCUGCAGCUGUCGGAGGAGGAGGUGAAUGACAUCGUCAGCUCUCAGCUCCUCCCGCUGAUUGGACGAAACCAGCGUCAGGAUGAAGAGCGAUUGGCUGCUUUAGACGUGUGCAGUGAUUCUGUGUCCCGUCACGCUCGCAGCCUCAGCAGGUGUGUGUUUGUUGUGAUGCGAGCAGCAGCGUUGCUAUGGGAGACUCACAACUGCAGGUUACAGAGCAGAGAAGAAGAAGUCCAGAGACACCUGGAUGACCUGCGACACUCGCAGCAACGACACCUACAGAGGAAAAAGGUGCGCCUGGACGACCUGUUGGGCGGGCUCCGUCAGGAGAGCAGCGAGGACGCUCUGAAGACGUCUCUGGACAGAGCAGUCCUCUACCUGCAGGACGUCAAACACAGCUGCAGACAGUGCGUCUCUGAUCAGUGGGAGGCGUUGGAUCGUCUCCCCUCUCUUCUCCUGGAGGAGCUCCUCUCCUACAGCAGCAGCCUCAGCUCCUUCUACCGACUCGGACACACCUACACACCGAGUCCAGAAGAACUGCAGAACCUCCACCUGUCACCUACCAACACCACAGACCCCGAGACUGACGUUGAAGGUGAGACUCAGAGACCAGAGGAGGUGAAGGAGAAUCGUCCUAUCAGCUGUCAGAGUGGUACUGACCCCGCCCAGCCCCGUCAGGAUUGGCUGACUGAGUCGGAGUCUUCUCUGCUGGAUCUCUGUGACAUCAGUAGCUCUGUGGAGUUUACAUCAUUGAGGGGCGUGGUCUACACUGGCCCCGCCUUCAGAUGCCCCACCCCCAACCUGCAGCAGGAAACACACCUGACCCUAUUUCCUGUGGAGCUGUUGACACGCGCUCUGAGCCGGACUCGAACUUUGUUCCUCGAUCAUCUGGAGCGGAGUUUCCCUGAUGUCCUUGGCUUGGCCGUCGCCAUGGUGACGGACAGGAAGGAAGCAGCGUGUUCGGAGCAGGAGCUCCAACUGCUGCAGCUGAACCCCCAACACAUCCAGACCCACAUCUACCAACCCCGCCUGGCUGAGCUGCAGCUCCACCGGCAGCGUGUGGACGUUCACUGUGAGGAGGUGCUGGAUGUGUUGACCUCCUGCAGGACGGAGCUCCAGGAGCUGCAGACCUCCAUCAGCAGGAGGAACCAGGAGUUCACCGUCACUCUGUCCAACAUGGAGGACAACGUCCUGACGGUUGACAGCAGCCGACGUCUGGAGGCUGUGAGCUCCACCCUGCAGGACUGUCUGGAUCAACACAUCAAACAUACCCAGCGCUACCAAGCCAGCUACAGACAGAUGGUUCAGACCAGACUGGAGGAGGUCAGACACAGAACAACACAGCUCCUCAACUCCUUCAGGCUGUUCAGUGAAGGUGGUGAUUUUGCUCCUCAGGAGGUGAAGAUGUUUCAGAGGAGGCUGAAGGACGAGACCAGACAGAUCAGUGUGACAGAGGAGUCCAUCUGCUCCGAGCUGGAGGCGUUUGAGUCCAAGAGUUUACAGCAGGUGAGGGAGGUGUCAGGUCGGUUCGAGGAGAAACUCAACUUCCUGAAGUCUGAGGUGAAAUUCAUGGAGAAGAUCCAGAAAAUGAUCAGCAGCUCCCAGGUUCACAUCAAGGCUGAGGCAGCCAGCAGUAAUCAGCAACAGUCAGUGAUCAGCAGCUGGUUGAAAGAAGUGAAGAACAUGAUGGAGAACACACAGGUGAGUCCAGACCAGGUGUGUUGUUUCCUGUCAUCAGUCAGUGAGGACCUGAGGAGGCGGAGUCAGUACCUGGACUUGGACCCGGCCCUGCAGGUGGGUCUUGCUCCGUCAGCUCGUCCUCAGUCCAGGAAGCAGGUCCAGUCUGGUCCACCUCCCGGUUUACUGCAGCCAAGCAGGACAGGUGUGGACCUCCUGGAUGAUCCUGUAGUGGGCGUCAUCAGGUCCCUGAACAGGUUCAGUCUGAUCCAGGAGGGUUCAGCAGGACCAGCAGAGACCGAGGAGAGAGAGAGAACAGCUGCAGGUCAGAGUCCGGUCCAGCGUCCUCACAGGUCCACUGAGUCUGUACUGAGGGGCUGCAGGUCCAUCAGGACUGAGAGGAGGUUCCAGAUUUUUGGACCCAAACCAGAAACAGACCAGAACCCACAGUCCUUCCUGUCCUCUGUGAACUCUGUGCUGUGGAGAACCAAUGACGUCCUGCUGCUGGCUGCAGAGGAGUUUUAUCGGAGCGAGCGUCUCGGCAGGUUCCAGCUACUUCCUGACUCUCUGGACCAAUGGGCUGACAGCACGCAGCAAAGGCUGCUGGGAUACCAGGAACAGGCCAGGAGGUUUCUGAGCACGAGCAGAGAGGACCUGGUGGACCAGCUGUCUGUCUUCCAGGACCUGGUGUGUUCGGCAUCUUCAGUUCUGAUCAGUAACCAUGAGCGACGGCAGAGGGCGGAGCUAAUGGAGGAGGUGGGUGGAGUCAGACAGAGGCUGGAGGAGACGGUGGCAACCAGCGAGCAGGAGAAGGUGGUGAACGUGGGCGAGCUGCGAGCAUCACUCAGAGACGACGAACUGCAGACACUGAUCAGCAGAGAGGAGCUCCGGCAGCAGCAUCUGCACAGCGCCACCUGCUGCUCACACCUGGAGCUGCAGGAGUGUGUGCGAGCCCGGGGGGAGGAGUUUGUGACAUCACUGGCAUCUCUGACAGAGAAGCUGCUCCAUCAGCUGGAUGACCUGCUCACACCUACAGAAACCGAGGAAACCAUUGUUACCAUGGAGACAGGAGCUGAACCAGGAACCUGCACAGGAAGGAGGACCUGGCCUGGUGUCUCGUACCUGUCCUCUGCUGACCCUCCGUCCUCUGCAACAACAGCAACCAUCACCACAUCCAGGUGCACCCUGGGACAUCUGACUGUUAUAGAGCAGAGAGACACUGCUGUGAAGCGGUUCGAGCAGCUGAUCAGGUCGGAGUUGUUACGUUCAAACAGCGACAAACGAAGACAACUGAGAGAAAUACAGAGCUGGAACACACACUGGAGACAACAGAUACACACACUGACACACACACACUGACACACACUGUGAUGUCACCAGCUGUGAUGUUUGUUAAUAAACCACAGAAGAAGAAGAAACUCCUGCAGGUGUUUUAUUUGUACUCGUCCAGCAGCAGGUGCCGGACCCUUGACCUCUGACCUUUGACCUCUGACCUAUGUAGGUAUGUAAAUUUUUGUGUCCAACCAGGAGGAUGUUCGGUGUCUGCAUGGGUUGGUUCAGAUCCUGAUACCCUGAAGACAGUCUUGUUUUUGUUUUGUUUUUUUUUCGCUCACAUGUUUUUUUCUAACUUUGCCAGUGUUGUUUAGCAAAGUGGUUUAAUAAAGGGACUUUGAAAACCUCCUCCUCCUCCUCUGCUCCUCUCCUCUCUCCUCCUCCUCCUCUGCUCCUCUCCUCUC